AUGGAUUCCAGCUCCUAUAAGCGCUAUAAUGUACAUGGCUAUGAUUCAAGACAACAUCUGGAGCACUACUUUUCAGAUAAAAAAGAAAUGGUCUUUGCAGAAGAUACCUUAAAAUUUCCUAUUGAAAAUCUCAAGAGAACCUUUGAAACGGGUCAUAUAAAAGGAGAUGUCCUUAUUGACCUAAGCACUGGCUCCUGUGUUCACCAACUCUAUGCCGCCUGUGAGUUUUUCAGAGACAUCAUAGUCCUGAAGGUCAGUGACAGAUGCAUCCUGGAGCUGAAGAGAUAUCUGGACUCACGUACAGGAGCAUUUGACUGGGGACAUGCCAUAAAACUUCAUGGAGAGAUACAAGGAAACAGUGACCAGUUACAGGACAAAGAAGGAAAAUUGAGAUCAGUGAUUCCACAUGUUGUGAAAUAUGACUUUGAAAAAAAAAAUAUUACAGAUCCGAUAGUCUUACCAUUAGCCGAUUGUAUCAUCAGCGCUUGGCUCCUCGAUACUGUUUGCAAAGACCAAGAUGAUUACAUCAGAUAUCUCAGAAAGUUCUCAGGGAUGCUGAAACCUGGAGGACACCUCAUAUUAAUUGGGGCUCUUGGCACAACAUAUUUAACAGUCGGGAAAGAAAGGUUCCAUGCUUUCACAUAUGAUGAGGAUUUUGUCAGGAAGACUCUAGCUGCGGAAGGUUUUGUUAUAGAUAACUUUAAGGCUAGGAAAACUACAGCUAUGAGUGACCUUAUUGACUAUAAGUUCACCAUAUUCAUUGUAGCUCACAAGGAGAAGUAA